ACGAUAAGAAAUUACCCCUAAGAGGAUUUAAAUAUUUUAUUUACAAUCUAUGUGGGGAUACAUUUUAGCCUUUUAAUUUCUGUGAAUAUUUAAAAAUGUCUACUCUUGUGCCUACAACAAACGAGUGUAAAAGUACUCUCUGCAUUUACCAACAAGCUGGUAGCACAACAACAUAGAAAUGUAUAUGUUCGCAUUAAAUUUGUUGAUUUGCUCUCAGUGCUUAAAUGGCCGAUCUUUUGCGGAUGUUUUCAGUGAAAAUUUAACAUUGUUGAUUUCGAUGUACCAACAAAUGGCGAUGUUUGUUUGCGUAGACGCAGCAGAAAAUCAAAACCGGAAGCAAUUUUAAAGACAGAACGAGAGAGAACAAAAAACAAAAACACAAAAAGAGAAAAUAAUUUGAAUUAGCAUUUCUCUAAGACGCUAAUGUAUGCGUGUUUUUUUUUUUGUAUUUUGUUUUUUUUUUUUGUGUUUGCUUUUGUGAGUGUGGGAAGUCAAAUUGUCGCAAUACAAAUUUGCUGGUUGCAAAGUUGCCGAUUGUGCGUGAGAUAUAUGCAGAGAGUGAGAUCAGGAAAAACACUAAGUUGUUGUUAGUGAAUACAUGGGCACACUUACUUACUGGAUAUAUGUAGUAGUAGGUAAACGAUGUCAAGCAUCUGCCUAUACAAAUUUUUGUUUAGACUCUACACUUUGGAGUAACUAGAAACUACACAAGAAUGUCUAAAGGCGAGCAAAAUCAAUUGUAGAUUUUGGGGUCAACAAAACCCUUCUACUGUGUAAACAACGGCGAUUGCUUCAAAAGCAAUGACUAAGACGUCUAAUAAAAUGUCUGGUAUUACUAACAUCAACAACAACAAUAAUAAUAAUAAUAACAAUAAUAUAAACAAACUGAGUGAAAAGUUUUUAAGUGCAAAUACAACAAAAAAUAUAGAAGCGUGUAACACGUUGUCAUCUGGUGUCAACACCAUCACCACAACCAACAACAACAGCAACAACGUCAUCUCCCUUAAUAACCCGAAAUCGAAUAGCAACGACUGCGACAAAAUAACACAACAGCAAUUUUCUGCUACGAUUUCAAGUAAAUUACAAGCCCCACAAUCACGUCGCUCGCUCCCAGCUCCCAGCACAACGCAAGCCUUGGCGCAACGCUCACUCCAACAGCAACACCAGAAUCAACAGCACAAUCAGCAGCAACAGCAAAGCGUGACGACAAACUCAUCGGCAUUGCCUUCAGUCAACACAAUUACAAAAUACUCUAGCGGCGCCACAUUACCUUCGCACCAACUCCAGACCAUCGCCACCGUACACCAUCAUCACUCGCAACAGCAGAUAGCAGAGCCAACAAGUGCUUCGUCAGCAGGCGCACAACAACCACAACAGCAACAACACCCAACACCCUCGAAUAACUUAAAGGAUCACCCGCACUCACGUCAUCAUCACCACCACCAGUCAACAUCUAAGCAUUUAAGUGGCGAAAGUGAACGCGCGAUUACAACAGCUGCUACGUCCGUUAAUUCCGCCACGUUACAACAACAGCGAAACGCAUACAAUCUGCAGGCGCUUAAAGCCGCCAAUCAUCUAAAGGCGCCAGCACAUUCCAUACCACCACGCUAUCAGCCGCCACCCCAACCGAGCAACCAGGCUGGCAUAUUGAAGCAUAUAAAUACGUUGCGCGGCGGUGUUGCUGAGAGUGGAGAAACGCUGAGUCAACGCCCAUCUACAGGCGGUAGUAAGCAUCACACCACGUCAAAUUUUGAUACAACACAUUUCAAUCUUAAAUAUCCACCGGAUAUACCACAAUUGUCCCCUGUCUACAUACCGGAUUCAUUGAAAUUACCCGGUGGCAGCGGUCGCUAUUUGCAAUCGCAUCAAACACUUUCACAAAGGCAACCCGCACGACUUUCGGGCAGUGCCACGAAUCCGCAAUAUUUUUAUAAUUCACAACAACAACAACAAUAUAGACAGCAACAAGUGGAACAACAACAGCAUCCACAAGAUAUGCUUAAAUUUGUGCGAAAAACUGAUCAGGAUCAUCCAUCGCCGAAUGCUUCGAUCACAUCUAGUGCAGCUGCAGUGCCUACUGGCACUCGCCUCACUGCCGAGCAAAAUCGACAAUUACAGGGUCUUAUUAACGAGCUCCGAGUCUUGAAGGAACAAAAUCAACGUUUACUCGAUGACAAUCAGGAAUUGCGAGACUUAUGUUGCUUUCUCGAUGACGAUCGUCAAAAAGGUAGAAAGCUCGCGCGCGAAUGGCAACGUUUCGGCAGAUAUACAGCCAGUGUGAUGAGGCAGGAGGUGGCGGCCUAUCAGCACAAAUUACGCCAACUCGAUGAUAAACAACAAGAGUUGAUUACCGAUAAUCUGGAGCUGAAGGAAUUGUGUCUGUACUUGGAUGAAGAGCGUACACAUAUUGCCGCGAAUGCACUUUGUGCCAAUUGUGGCACCUCGGUGCGCAAUCCUCUACGUGAUGAUGGCGAUGGCAGCAGUUCCAGCACAAAUGCAGAGGAAACACUUUCAGCGUUGAGAAAUUAUGAGCGUCAAAUGCCGGAUGCGACAUUACGCACAACGCUUAGUGAUCAAACCGUCCAGUAUGUGCGCUCUUUGGAACGGCGUAUAAGGCAAUUGGAAGAGGAACGUGUUGGUGCUACGACACCGACAGCUAAUAUUCUAGUUUCACAGCACUCCCAACCUCAAGCGCAAACGCAAACUCAACCCCAGCAGCAGCAAACACAACAGCAACAGCAAAUACAGCAGCAGCAGCAGCAGCAACAAUCUGCACAAAAUCCGCUUAACGAUCCAAUAUCGAGUAGACCCGAAGCUGUCGUACGUGCACUGCAAGUACUCGAAGUACGUGAACAAUUGGAACGAGAUCGUCUCAGUGGUCUCAUUGAGAAUUCAAGAGAUCAAAUGGAUGACGGUGAGAAGGCUUUGGUGCGAGAAAUGUGUAAUGUGGUGUGGCGUAAAUUGGAAAGUAAUGUUCCAAACGUCUCUAGUAGUAUGUAGUAGUGUUGUAGAAGAAACAAAACAAAAACAA